AGACACAACGUUUUAUCUUUUCAAUCGAUGUCACUUAUGCUAAUCGUCGUCUGGCUUAAGGAGUCCUUCAAAUGCCAGGAUAUUUGUGAACAACGUAAAUGGACGACCUUGGAAAAAGUAAUUUCUGAAAAUAGUUCAUAUCGAUAUUCUCAACAUUAUAUGUAUUUACAGAGCAUCAGCAUUGAUCAGUCUCCGCCAGCUGUGAAUACAAGAUUUGGUGAACCCACUAAAGAUUGGGAUGGUACAUCGAAACUGUCGUUUAAAUAUUACAAUAGUCAAGUCGAAAGUUUCGGUAUUAGCUUUUAUGGUUUCAUGUAUAUAAGAAGAAAAAUUAACCUCGGAUAUAUUCAAGCUUUUCGUGCAAAAAAUAUUGUUCCUAAAUUUAAGAUUUUCAAUGACAAGGAAUUAUUUGCUGUCAGAUGGUUUAUUAAUCAAGAAGUUGAUGGUAAACAGUUAACAGCCACGGUAACUUGCCUAAUACAUCCGAAUGGGAAGAUAGUUUUGUAUUAUGAUAACAUUCCACCGAAAAUUAAAGGAAUUGAAUGGAAACCGAAAAUCGUCGGUAAAUUCAGUUGUGGAGGAAAAGAUGGAACAGAAUCUCAAGUAACUACUCCUGAAACAUGGAUCAAAAGUGGCACGUUGAUGGAAUAUGAACCCAUUGGAAACUAUUGUCCAAUAUACACUUCGUCUGAAGAAUGCCAACGCGCAACAACGUCGAAUAUAACUUGUUUUUGGUGUGAUAAAGCGAACAUAUGCAUUGAUGAUACUGACCAGGAUGCUCAUAACACGAAAGUUAAUAACUGCCAUGCUAAGAACCCAGAUGUGAAUGAUUUGAGUACACAAACUACAGAAGAAACUGAUCAACACUCGAACAUGACUACCGACGUAAACAAAGAGAAUCUAGAGAAGAAAUCAUCCUGGUACUUGUAUAUUGUGAUUCCUUUGAUCAUCACUUUCGUUGGUGUAUGUGUUGGUUUUCUAAUUUGGAGAUGGCUACAUAAAAGAAACAGAAGUGAAGAAUGAUUCUCAGAAAUGUCUUAUCACUUAUUUUUAUUAUUGCAAAUUGUUUUCAUUUAGUACUUCUUGAGAACACUUUCCAUAUCGUUAUUCCUGUAAAAGAUUUGGACAAUUUCUUUAUGGAAUUAUGUACAUUCUUAUGAUUGUUUACGUAAUAAUUUGUGUAAUCUUAUUGACAAAAUAUAGAACAUGAUUUUUACUA